ACUUCAGAACGAUGUUAAACAGUGGAAUGGCGGUUUGUGUUAUAAUCGCACGUUGCGGAUUUGUUUGCGUUUUUAUCGCAGAUUUCGUAGAAUUUUUACCGUAAGCUCCUAAAUUACUGUGAAAAAAUCCCGAUUGACUUGAUACUGGAAUCAGCUCGGUAAAUUGUUCCUUGUUUUCUAACUCCACAGCAGUAAUCAUAGAAAAUAAAGCGCGCGCGGUGGCAUUUGGCAGUGUGGAUACAGGAAAUGAAAGAUUGGCUGAAGCUCAAGAAAUAUUUAGUUCAAAUUUGAGCAAAUUCUUAACAUGGUUCCCCUCGGUCCGUCCCCUGGUCAUCAGCAAUCUGUCAAUAAUUCAUCUAGCACACCAACCAGCGGCACUAAAGGCAGUUCAACUUUGAAACCAAAUUACACACUGAAGUACACACUUGCUGGACAUACCAAAGCUGUAUCUUCGGUCAAGUUUAGUCCGAAUGGUGAAUGGCUAGCCAGUUCAUCGGCUGACAAGCUUAUAAAAAUAUGGGGAUCGUAUGAUGGCAAAUUUGAGAAAACAAUAUCUGGUCAUAAGUUGGGAAUUUCGGAUGUGGCAUGGUCAAGUGAUAGCAGAUUGUUAGUGUCAGCUUCGGAUGACAAAACCCUGAAAAUAUGGGAGCUGAGCUCUGGAAAGUGUCUGAAGACUCUAAAGGGACACAGCAAUUACGUAUUUUGCUGUAAUUUCAAUCCUCAAUCGAAUCUAAUUGUAUCUGGCUCUUUUGAUGAAAGUGUGAGAAUAUGGGAUGUGCGAACCGGAAAGUGUUUAAAAACAUUACCAGCUCAUUCUGAUCCUGUCAGUGCAGUGCAUUUCAAUAGAGAUGGGUCAUUGAUUGUCUCCAGCAGUUACGAUGGUCUUUGUCGAAUUUGGGAUACAGCUUCUGGUCAGUGCUUGAAAACGUUGAUAGAUGACGACAAUCCACCUGUAUCUUUUGUGAAAUUUUCGCCAAAUGGAAAAUACAUAUUAGCUGCUACAUUGGAUAACACAUUGAAACUCUGGGACUAUAGCAAAGGAAAAUGUUUAAAAACUUACACUGGUCAUCGAAAUGAAAAGUAUUGCAUAUUUGCAAAUUUCUCAGUUACUGGUGGAAAGUGGAUUGUAUCAGGCUCAGAAGACAGAAUGGUUUAUAUCUGGAACCUACAAACGAAAGAAAUAGUUCAAAAAUUGCAAGGACACACAGAUGUCGUUUUGUGUACGACUUGCCAUCCUACGGACAACAUUAUUGCAUCUGCAGCACUAGAAGAUGAUAAAACAAUAAAAUUAUGGAAGAGUGACACAUAAAUCGAAUCUUUACAAAUGCAAAUAGAUAGAUUCUUUGUACAAAUUACUUAAUAUCUGUUUCCUAUAAAAUGUGUCUAAAGUAACUAUAAAAUAAAAAAAGAAUGGUGAUUUUAUUUUCGUAAAUGUGAAGAACUGACACUCUUGUGUAUCAGCGCUUGAUUGUUAUAUGCAGAAAUAGGAUGCUGUAUUUUUCGAGGUAAAGAGUUUUGAAUCAUGCACAGUCAAGCUAUGUAAUUCGGAUAUGAACCCCGCCAUGGCUAUGUAAUCUCUUUGACAUUCAAAGAACAAUGGAAUCGAAAACUUUGUCGCCACACAUGUAAAUCUGUUAACAUUUUACAGAUUCACUUACUUUUAACGAUGUAAAUACAUACUUUAUAGUGCGUUCAUUUAUUCAUAAAUAUAAAGUGUCAUCAAGGUAUAUCUUCGUUCUGCAAAUGUAGAAA